UCGUUUCAAUCAACCACAUGUAUGUAGACGGUGAUUGACGCCACUCUGGUCGUGCGCAGGAACAGAGGUAGUACUCGGCGUUGUGCGGACUUGGGCUGUGGAGAGCGUCUCUGCCGCGCUGCGGUGCCGCGUCUUCCUCACCGUCAGCGUGCGCAACGGUCUGUGGUCACUGCGGACCAACUAUCUACGGCACGAAUACAAAAAAAAAACAGCCAGAAACACCUGGAAGGAUGUCUGGGAUCACCAGGAGUUUGGACUGCGAUGAGUGUCUGUCUUCUGCACACGCUGCCAACAGCACGGAGUUACACCUGCACUCAUCCGUGGACGAGGACGAUGAACUUCUGAGAUACAUCUGGAGGGAGUAUUUACACCCAAAGCAGUAUGAAUGGGUUCUUAUCGUAGCGUACAUCAUUGUGUUCUUCGUGUCGCUCAUUGGAAACUCGCUGGUUUGUUUCGCAGUGUGGAAGAACCGCCACAUGCGCACAGUGACCAACUACUUCAUAGUGAACCUGUCCCUUGCUGACGUCCUGGUCACCAUCAUCUGCCUGCCCGCCAGUCUCGUUGUGGACAUCACGGAGACAUGGUUCUUCGGAAACACGCUCUGCAAAGUUGUGCCUUAUUUGCAGACCAUUUCUGUUUCUGUAUCCGUUCUGACUCUGAGCUGCAUCGCCCAGGAUCGUUGGUAUGCCAUCUGUCACCCGCUGAUGUUCAAGAGCACCGCUAAGAGGGCCCGUAAGAGCAUUGUUGUCAUCUGGGUGGUGUCCUGCAUCAUCAUGAUCCCGCAGGCCGUCGUGAUGGAGUGCAGCAGCCUGCUGCCCGAGCUCACCAACAAGACCAGCCUGUUCACAGUGUGCGAUGAGCACUGGGGAGCUGACAUCUACCCUAAGGUCUAUCACACCUGCUUCUUCAUCGUCACAUACUUCGCACCAUUAUGCCUCAUGGUGUUGGCCUACAUCCAAAUAUGUCACAAGCUGUGGUGUCAACAGAUCCCCGGGAGCACGUCGGUGCUGCAGCGGAAGUGGAGGACCUUCCAGUGCCCGGCGCACACCCCGGGGCAGGGGGAGCCCGCGAGGAUGAGGACCAGCACGGUGUGUGCCGAGAUCAAACAGGUCCGGGCGCGACGGAAGACGGCCCGCAUGCUGAUGGUGGUGCUGUUCGUCUUCGCCGUGUGCUACCUGCCCAUCAGCGUGCUCAAUGUCAUGAAGAGAGUUUUUGGGACUUUUAAGAGCACGAAUGACAGAGAAACGGUCUAUGCUUGGUUCACGUUCUCUCACUGGCUCAUUUACGCCAACAGUGCAGCCAAUCCCAUCAUCUACAAUUUCCUCAGUGGGAAGUUCCGUGGUGAGUUCAAAGCCGCCUUCUCCUGUAGUUGCUACGGCCGAGGACAGAAUCGAGCGAAGAAGACGCGGACGAGCACGGACAGCCGAAAAUCUCUGUCCACUCAAGUUAACAACAUGGACAAUGUGUCUCGCAUUUCAGAUCAAAUAGUAUAGUGGGACUGAGCGCAGAACCGCCUUGGAGGCAGAGAGUGAAAUGUUUAAAUGUCAGAAGAACAGAAUUAUAAUAAAAAAUAUGAAGAACUGUUCAGAUUGAACUGAUCACAGGGAGACGUGCUGAUGUCUAAUGACCACACACUAUGUAUUUAAUAUGAACCGUUUGGAUGUACAGUGAUUAUUAGCAGUUAUGUUCUGCAUUUUAUUAGUUAGUGAUACAGUAGUUCAACUAGUUUUUAAAUACAUGACAUGUAACUUUGCUAUUUUGACUUUAUAGCUUUGGUUUGGUUUAUGAGUUUUACACAUUAUCAUUCAUCAUGGUAUUUAUGAUAAGUUGCUAUAUUUUGUUUUAUGUUUAUGUUUUUUGUCUUAUUGCGUAUGAGCAACAAGGGAACUAAGGAUUGUAUAUUAAUAUUCAUUUAUUUAUUAUUCAGACACCUUCAGCUGUAUAUUUUUUUAAGAAAGGAAUAUAAAAGAGCAAUUAUAAAUGUUUUGAAAAGUUUGUCAGUACGGGUGUAAAACAACAAGUCAAGGUACAAUUUAUUUCCUAAAAAUGUUAAAAUAAUUUUAUAACGCUAUAAAAUGUGGGCAAGUCUAAUUAGCUUUUUAUUUGGAAGAAGUCUGUCUCCUUUUCCUCUUUUUAGUGUAAAUAGCCCUGAAUGUAUGUAUACUGUAUGUACAGUACACUGACAGAUGUGAACGUUUGGAAACUGUUGAGAACAUCUGUAUCUUUCAUUGAACAGAUAUGAGAUUACAUCAGCAAGAACAUGCAGAUUUUCAGUGGUCAUGUUUCUAGUACUAGAAUCUAGUACUAGAAAAUACUCUGUGUUUCUUCCUUCUGAAGAAAGUUGCAUCCUCUUCCUUCUUUCAUUUUUGAUGAACUCACUGAGGCUCCAGAGUCGCUUUGUUGCAUCCUCCCCUUUGAUCACAACCAGAGCAGCCUUUGUCAAGUCUGGUGUUGGCUUUCCAUCUCUCUGUAUAUUUGUGGCCAUGCCACUGUUUGUAAAUCUUCUUCUUCUUCUAUAUGUACUGCAGAAGCACAUUCUGCUUUUUUAAUUUUGUUUUGCAAUUAUGACAGCUCCUCUUUUGUUUCUUUGUUAAAUUCUUGAAUGUUUUUGCUGCCAUGUGAAACUCAACACUAACCUUUGAGUGUCCCUAUGAUCCUGGGAGCUGUGUUGUUGGAUCCCCCAAGAACAAACUGGUCCCUAAGGAAGGGUCCAGACCAAGAGUAAAUCACUAACCAAAGCCCAAAAUUGGUCUGUUGCCCCUCGUCUCAGAGCCUGAAGGCUAAGUCAAGUUAUCCCAGGGCCAUGGGGAUUUUAUUUGAGCGUACAGUAGUCAUCAUGCCUCACGGUGCAUGACAGGCUGUGAGCAGCAAGUUGCUGAAGCUAUGACAUCCGUGCAUGUUUGAUUUUUAGUCUUCUCAGUGGUGAGAAAUGUUUUUUACAUAAAUAUGUGCUGCUGUCCCAGAGACUGAAUAAACAGCCUGCUGGACUGAGUCUGUUUGA